CUCCUCAAAACUUCCGGAAGGCGGGCAAGAAAGUUUUGUGGUUAUGUUUAUUCUUUGACAUGUUUUUCAAGUAGUUUAGUUCCUGAAUAGUUUUAGAGAGGAGUUCUCCCCGAACGCAGCCACAAUUUUCUAAUAUUCUCUUUUAUCAAGUCUUUAAUUAUCUCACCAAAAAUUGUCCGUGAUAUUCUCGCGAAUUUUGUCUCCUGAGAUUGGUACAUUAAAGUCCAAUCGGGCUAUGUCUCUCUCUUUGAAGAUGUGUCUACGAUUGACCACAAUUUUUAGCGUCAGAAUUAAUAAGAUUGAUCAAAUUUUUCACAUUUCAUGUUAAGAAUUUCCCCACAUCAUCAGGUUCCAUUUUCUCACUUUUGUGCGCUCUCAUCUCUGAUCAAUAUGAUUGAACUCAGCUGUAGUAACGGUCAAGACGUCUUUGUAUGGUCGGCCGAAGAUUGGUACAAGUUGAGAUCAGAACUUCGCAUAGUAGGAAACCCAAUUGGAUCACUUGCUCCACUACCAAGGCAAAACAGUUUCUUAGGUCUGCCUGUUCAGUUACUGCCAGAAGAAACAACGCUGUUAUUGGAGUUGAACGAAGCCAAAUUAGUCAAUGACCAAUCUCUUAGCAACAUUCCCUCUGCUGACGACUUGCAAUAUUUUCAGCAGCUCAGGGAACAAUCACAAAAAGAUCAGAGCCAAAUUUACAUAGAAAAAAGGAAAGCUCAAGUUGUUCAAAUGAUAGAUCAAAUUGUAGCUGGCAAACAGUUACAGCGAGAAAAAUUGCUGAAGAAAAAAUUAGCUCAAGCUACUGGCGAUAACACAGACUUGGAUGCAUCCUUGAAAAUUAACAAAGAGGAAAUUUUAAAGACAGAAUUGGAUAAAAUCGUUCCUCCUCCUGCAUCGAAUGCAUUGGUGCAGAUUUUCACAGCUGAUCCAUGGUCAAAAUCAGAAAAGAAAGUUUCUGUGGAAUGGAGCUAUCCCUCUUCACGAGCAGAAAAGCUGAAGUAUUUAACUUUCAAAAAUCUUUGGGAGAAAGGGUUUUAUCUAACCUCUGGCAUAAAAUUUGGCGGCGAUUUUUUGGCCUAUCCAGGUGAUCCAGCAAAAUUUCAUGCACGACUGAUCGUUGUUUGUGUUGAUUCUUUGGAAGGCGUAUCACUGCGUCAACUUGUUGCUUAUGGUAGACUCGGUUCCUCCAACAAAAAAACAAUUUUACUGUCUAGUUUAACCAAGGAUAAUGACUUAGUUGAAUACAAAACUCUCAAUUGGAGGGAUAAAGUGUAAGUUUUAAAUAACCCGCCUUACAGCUGGCUAUGCAUGAUCAACUUAAAGCAUUAGUUGUAAUGCAACGACAUCUAAGUUAAACAUUUUUCUACCCUUUUUUUUGUUUGUUUGCCGAGAACACGAUUUCUUGUAAUUGUGUUUUUAAAAAACUAAUCUUUCAUAAUUUUCCCUCUGUGAUAUUUCUAAUUAUUAUUUUCAAUCGAUUUUUAAUUUUAUCUCAAUAUUAUAUUCUCCCCACACACUUUUUCCAUGUUUUUUUUCAACUGUGUUGAAUAUUUUUAUCUAUGAAAUAAACAUUUUUUAUUGCGAUUUUAA